GAAGCAAUCGUUUCCGGCAAAGGAAAGGUCGGCGGGCAUCCGGUUUAUGCCGGCGCGAUGGAUAUGUCGUUCAUCGGCGGUUCGAUGGGUUCGGCAGUCGGUGAAAAAAUCACCCGAUUGAUCGAACGCGCCAAGAAAACGAACGGUGCGGUCGUGAUAUUUGCCGCUUCGGGCGGUGCGCGGAUGCAGGAAGGAACGCUUUCAUUAAUGCAGAUGGCGAAAAUUUCCGCCGCGCUCGCACAGCUUCAUCAAAAAGGUUUGCCGUUCAUUUCCAUUUUGACCGACCCGACGACGGGCGGCGUGACGGCGAGUUUUGCGAUGCUCGGCGAUGUAAAUAUCGGCGAACCCAAGGCUUUGAUCGGAUUUGCGGGACCGCGGGUGAUCGAA